CAGAAGUUCAUAAUGGUUUCCAAUUUCUGUGCUCUCUCUUUUCAUUCUCCGUUCCAUUCUACGUUCGUGUUAUCAAAUUUUCUUAUAAAAACUUCAUUAAUAUUUUUUUUGGUAUAUCGGCAUCGUCACAUUUAGACGUAUUUUACUAGCUACAGAAAAAUCAAAAAAAUGUCUGCAAUUACUAAAAUCGUAUCAUCGUUAUCACGUGCACCGGUAUUAAAGCAACAAUAUCGUCUAUUUUGUGCAGCUGCCUCAAACUACCAAUUCAUCAUUAAGGAUGUUGUUGGUGAGAAGAAGAAUGUUGGAAUGAUCACUUUAAAUCGUCCAAAAGCAUUGAAUGCUCUCAACAAAGGCUUAAUGUCUGAACUUGGUCAAGCUCUCACAGAAUUUGAUGCUGACAAUACAGUUGGGGCAAUUGUCAUCACUGGAAGUGAAAAGGCAUUUGCAGCCGGUGCUGAUAUUAAGGAAAUGCAAGGAAACACUUACUCAGACUGUAUCUUAGGCAAUUUCCUUGCUGAUUGGACUAAAGUCGCUCAGACAAGAAAACCCACAAUUGCUGCUGUUAACGGCUAUGCCCUUGGAGGAGGUUGCGAAUUGGCAAUGAUGUGUGAUAUUAUUUAUGCAGGAGAUAAGGCAAGAAUGGGACAACCUGAAAUUAAUAUUGGAACAAUUCCCGGUGCAGGAGGUACUCAACGUUUAACCAGAGCAAUUGGUAAGUCAAAAGCCAUGGAAAUGUGUUUAACAGGAAAUAUGAUCACUGCUGAAGAAGCAGAAAAAUCAGGUUUAGUCAGCAAGAUAUUCCCAGCCGAUAAAUUGGUCGGUGAAGCUAUUAAAUUAGCCGAAAAGAUCAGUGCUCAAUCACCAUUAACUGUUGCCUUGUGCAAAGAAUCUGUAAAUGUAGCAUACGAAAGCACUCUAUCUGAAGGUUUGAGAUUCGAGCGUAGAUAUUUCCAUGCUACAUUCGGAACUAAGGAUCAAAAGGAAGGAAUGUUGGCAUUUAUUGAAAAACGUGCACCAAAUUUCACCAGCGAAUAAACAAGCACGUGUGUGAGAGACAAUAUUUUCUAUAAAUCAAUCAAUCAAUCCAUUUUGGAAACACCUGAAAAGUGCAUUUAUUUUACGUUACUAAUUUGCAAUAAAUUUUAGAAUAUUUUGACAU